UCGCCUCACACGGAAAACAUGUUCCUAGUCCUUUUUUUGUUUUUUGUUUUUUGCUCGGCAGGUUCUAAGACUUUUAGGAGGUUUUGGUUUUCGUUUCCUAUGCAAACAAAUAACAAAGGAAAUAUUUGAUUUUUCCUUAUACACUGCCAACACAAUUUACUAUCUGGAAGAAAAUCGAUCGACCCAGCACAAGCAUGACUUGGAUAUUCUUUUUGAUUAGUUUCACCAUCAUGCCAGUGACCAGUGAGGUUCCAGAAGUGCCAGAGAUACCUGUGUACCUUGGAGACGCAGUUUCCCUGCCAGGGGUGAAGGACAAUCAGACCAGAUUGAUUGAAUGGACAUUUAAGAACAGCAGUGGGUAUUCAGAGGAUGUUUUUACCCUUUACUCAGCAUCACCAGACAGCCCUGACAUCUUUGCAAAGUACAAAAAACGGAUAUAUGUGUUUCCAAACGGUUCAUUCACUUUAAAACAUGUGGACUGGAGAGAUGGUGGCAACUAUGAAAGAAAAAUUAACCAAAAGCACAAGCAGCAGUAUCGGCUCCGCAUUCUUGAGCUUCCUGGUCAUCCCAUCAUAAUUAAGAAUCAAGAUGUCCUUACUUGUAAUGUCACUGGUUACGAUUCAGUGACCUGGACAAAGGAUGGUAAAAAUGUCCCAGAAGACUUUGAGAUUUCUAACAACACCCUACAACUGCCUUCUAAUGCAUCUGUCUCAAAACUCUGUGGAGUGUACAAGUGCCUAGCCCAAUCCCCAAAGCACAACAAGACAGCAGAUGUUUCACUAAUUGUUUUUUCAGAUCAGCAGAAAGCCGUUGUCGUUGUAGAGAUGUGUGCAUUUGUUUUGGACCUACUAUCUGUGCCAUCCACCACUAUGCAGUUUCAGUUUUGCUACAAUUUGAUACCAACAGGGUGUGGUCCUAUGAAUUGGUGGUUGUUUACUGGUGUUGUGGCAGACUUUUUUUCCCCUAUUUUAAACAUUGUUGGACUGAGCUUAUGGAUUAAUGAAGAUAAUAACCUCAAAGCUUUGGUGAUUUUAAUGGUAAUUUCUGUUGUCAUCUUAAUCCUGUUGACCAUAAGAAAAAUAAGACAAGUCAAACUGCCUCUGCCACAUGGUGUACUCAACAUUUUCCAGUAUGGCACCACAUUAUCAGUCAUCUUUUUAAACAUUUACAAAGAAAAUCCUUGCAGCUUCUUUGUGAAAAAAGGCCUCCCUUACUUUUUAGCACUAGUAAUCUUGAUAGUGUUAUUAUGGGUUUGCACCCUCGUCUACUUGGUAGCAACUGGUAAAAGGAACAAUACCAAGACAAAAGAGGAUGAGGAUAAGAAUGAGCCAUUACACAGAGAGGAUGCUGUUCUGUAGAUAAGAAUGAGCCUGUAACAGGGCUGGGAGCCCUGUGCAGGAGAAGGGGGCAGGGCAAAGCCCUGCUGUUAUAAAGUGUAUUUGUUUUGUUUUAUUAUUAUUAUUAUUAUUAUUAUUAUUAUUAUUAUUAUUAUUAUUAUUAUGAUUUAUGGCAUUUAUAUAUGAAGAAGCGCCGUGUGUUAUGUUUUGUUUUUGUAGUGUGUUGCAGCGUGGAUGGGAAGCCCCAUCCACUAAUAAAAACCUUGUGCAGAAAGUGGCCAUCUUUUGAAUUAAGUGGUUAGUUUGUUGUUAAUCGGGAUAUGGUCACCUGCAUAUAAACCUGCAGCUGACUGAGGUGUUCAUGAAGGAGGAACGGGAGAGGAAGAGGAGAACAAAAGCAAAACUAAAAACUGGAUAAGAUAGGAUCAGUGAAGGCGAUUGCCAAGCCUGACCUAGGUAUCGAUUUGUGUUUUGUGUUUGUGAUUUGUUUUAUUUAAAACUUUUAUUUCACUCUGUGAGCAAUGUGGUUUUGUUU